CGACGGCGACCUUUAUUUGCUGUCGUCGACAUCUACGACGCCUAACUCAGCACAGAUAAUACCACCAUGGUCUCUGCCGGAUCGAUAACUGUAGCAGUCCGUGUACGGCCACCCACCAGCUGGGAGGCCAGACGUCUGCCCGAGACAACCUAUGAAACGACUCUCCGAGGAGAUGGAACCCUCGCCACACCCAUGAAACCUGUAACACAAUCGGCACCAUUACGCAACAUCGUCCAGAUAGUAGAUGACCGCAUUCUUACAUUUGACCCCAGGGAACAGGACCCAGCACGAGCCUUCGUUGAGCGAGGGUUCAUGCCUCCAGGAACGAAGAGAUAUAAAGACAGACGAUUUAUGUUCGACAAGGUCCUUGAUAGCCAAGCACAGCAGCCCUAUGUCUAUGAAGCUACUGCAAAACCACUUCUGUCCGGUUUGCUGGAAGGAUACAAUGCGACUGUGUUCGCGUACGGAGCUACAGGAUGUGGCAAAACACAUACCAUCAGUGGCACGGAGGAUGAUCCUGGGAUCAUCUAUCUCGCAAUGUCCGAUCUCUUUCAACGUAUAGAAGAUCGCCAAGAUGAAUGGAGCACGGAAGUCUCUGUCACUUUCCUAGAGAUUUACAACGAGGAAAUUCGGGACCUUCUCGCUGAGCCAGGCACGCCCACACCACGAGGUGGACUUCAGAUACGUGAGGACAAGUCAGUAAAGGUCGUCGGGCUUUCAGAGCUGCAUCCCGCCAGCGCAGAUCAAGUAAAGGAGAUCGUACUGCUAGGAAACUCGAGACGGACACAAUCUCCUACACACGCUAAUGAAACCUCUUCUCGUUCUCAUGCCGUGCUCCAAGUCCAUCUUACCCAGGCUCCCCGAACUGCAUCUCUCACCGAGCAACGGACGGUGGCGACUCUAUCUAUCAUCGAUCUGGCUGGCAGUGAACGUGCUGCAGCAACGACAAACAUGGGUCAGCGUAUGGUAGAAGGUGCCAACAUCAACAAAUCCCUCCUAGCUCUUGGCAACUGCAUCAACGCGCUCUGUGAGAGCGGAGGUGCCGUUCGCCACGUCCCGUACAGGAACAGCAAGCUUACUCGCCUGCUCAAGUUCUCGCUAGGCGGGAACUGCAAGACGGUCAUGGUGGUCUGCGUAGCACCGACAUCAGCACACUUCGACGACACCCAUAAUACUCUUGUGUACGCCGAACGAGCCACCAAGAUCAAGACGAAGGUUGUCACUCGUAAUGUUGUCAACGUGGACCGCCACGUUGGUCAGUACGUGCAGGCGAUCAACAGGCUCAAUGACGAGGUCAGAGAGCUCAAAGAGAAGCUUGCUGGCAAACUUGGCAAGGAGGCCGAGAUUGCGAACCGCAAGAAAUCGCAAGCCAAGGAGGAGGUCGAGCGUGUCCGAAAGGAUCUCAGCUCUCGGACGGAGCAGACCCAACCAUCCAUCGCAGACGGCGCUUCUUGUUCGGGGAAAAUUUCCGUUGCUGAGAUCAAGUUGCAAGCCAUCCGCGUCCGCUUGGCCCAGAUUGCAUCACAAGCUUCCUCAUCUUCACUGUCACCAGAACUUGGGGCUGAACGCGCUUUGCUUCAGGCUCUGGCAGCUCCCGAAGAACAGGUCGUGAAGCCGGAUUCGGCGCUUAGGACCCGCUACAGCCGCUCGUUGAACUCUCUUAACAUGUUCGAGGCUACCUUGCGAGCCGUAUCGGAGCGUCGCUCUGACAAACUCGACGAUGUCAGUGUGGAAAGUGUCAGGGCUGAGGCUCAUAGUCGGAGAGCGGAGAUGGACCAGAUUAAGGCGGAAGCCGAGAAGAACGCUGUUAAAGAGUCGUUCAACGCUCAAACUGAGAUGGUUGUCAGCCUCUUAGGCAUGGUUGGACGCUGCACCGUCAUGCUCAUGGAAGCCAGCAAGGUUCUUCGCACUGCGGUGGAAGAAGGGAAUGAUGGAAUGGAAGGCACCGUGCGGUCUAUGUCGGCGUCAUUGAAGAACAUUGCCGACCAGAAUGACGAGGCCUUCAACGCGUUAGUCGGUCAGUCGACGGCAGUAUACACCUUGCAAGAGGCCCCAGCCUCGUUCAGCUCAUUUUCCAGACAUUCUUUCGCCGCCCCACCCGCUCCCGUUCAGCAGCAGCCCCAGACGAAAGCCGCUCAUCGGUUGUCGUACAACCCUGUCAUGUCUCCCCCACGCAGACACUACAAGUCACCGCGCAAGUCGAUUCGCCAGAGUAUUGGUCAACCAUACCGCCGCGCAGGCCCGGAGAAGGAGAAGAAGAGUGUGCAAUGGAGAGAUGAGGCUGGCCAGGGCAACCUUGUGGACUCCAGUUUCCGUAAACCAGCUGUGACUGUGAUGCCAUCCAGCGAUAGUGGUGGCAGCAUAGGGCGCCCGCCAUCCUCCUUGGGUUCGGAAAGCGAAUGGGAGGAUGAGCGCACAGAGGAUAGCUUUAACCUCAAUUUCUUCGCCACCUCUAGUCGGGAAGUUCCGCAACCGAGGUCAUCGUUAUCUUCUAGCCUACGGUCGAGCUUGGGUGGCCGGACGACACGCUCGAUGUCUAAAGCCAAGGCACCAACUUUGGGCUCUGUAGUCGAAGCAGAUGAGCAAGGUUCGCCACGCAAAGCGCCUCCAUUGUCGGAUCGCGACAUGAACCACAUGAUAUCGCAAGGUGAGGGCGGCAACAGCGGUUCUUCACUUCGCUUGUCCAAAGGUAAAGGUCGACAGGGAAGCCCUGCUCGCCGUAUACCGGCAUCGUCCAUCCCGACGCCUCAGUCGACAAAGCAUGCACGGCGCCGGUCCACCGUCGGCCCCAUGCGCAGCGAGAAGACGCGGCGUAGGUCAAGCAUGAUCCCGCAGCCUGCACUGGCCUCGGGUGACGAGCCGGGCGAAUCUAUCUCGGCGAACAGCGGCCCGCGGCGCGUCGAGGUCGGCCGCUCGCCGAAGCGUCCCAAACGACUGUCGCUCAUGGGCAACGCGUCACGCACGCUCCGCGCGAGAUCAACUCCGGGCGCGUCGUCGCUGCCUGAUUCGAACUCGAGCAGCUUUGUGGGCGAUAUGAGCAUGCGUUCGGGGAAGCCUACGUGGAAAUGAUUUUCGGGCGAUGUUGAUGCCUAGACGUUACAGUAUAUAUUCGGCUAGUCGCAGGCUGGAAGCCUCCUACUUAUUAUCCCAUGAUACACUUACGACCUUUAUGUUCUUGGUUUUGCAUUCACAUGCCUGUUAUUUGAUCUAAUGGUCCUCGUUAAUCCUUUCUGCCCUUUAAGAUGUUGUCUAUCUGUGUAGUAAUUUCUUAUGCAAUCCUAUUCAC